AUGCUCGGCGUGGGCGGCGGGCACAUGUUCUCGGACAACAGCAUCACCGACGGGACCCUGGUGGCGUUGGCGCGACACUGCCCUCGACUGCGCGUUGUCAACAUGCUUCAUUGCGUUGGGAUCACCAAGAAGGGCAUUCUUACUCUUUACCAAGCUGCCAAGGAUCUCGAGGAGUUUGACUUCUCGGAUUCCCUAUCUGCUGAUGAUCGCAACGACCCGUGGCUGGAGAUUGAAGCGCUGCACCCCUCGGUGACCUCUUACCGAUGGAGUGGCAGUUGGGAUCGCCCGGAUCCGGAAAGCUUGGUCACGGCCGUGGCCAAGACUUGCGGCAGCCGACUGAGAGCGUUCGAGAUGGAGUACAUAGAAUUGCCCUCAGCGCCAACAGUUGAGGUUCUGUCGACCUGUUUGACAGCGCUCGAGGUGCUCAAGGCCGAAGAGGUCGAGUUAAGAACGGGAACGACGCACCUGUUGCCCACGCUCGUGCGUAACAACUGCGCGACUCUGCGCGUGCUUCACCUCGACAGCGUGACCUGGCUGAUGGGCGACGGCAUGCGCGAUCUCGGCACCCUGUGCCCUGUGCUCGAGGAGCUGAAGCUCAGAUUCUCCGCGCGGGACAUGGAAGCUGCCGCCGAGGCCGACGCUGAAGCCCGCGGCAACGGACGCGUGCGGCUCGACCUCCGCUCCGGCUUGCUGCUCAAUUUCUCGCUCGCCCUACCCCGGAGCAGGAGGCAGCGGUCGCGAUUGCAGCUCGACGUGCGCCUGUGGUGCCCCCAGCUCACGCGGCUCGAGAUCCAUCAUCGCGCAGCGACUCCCGCGCAAACUCUGCGGCUCCUCAAAGGAGCCAGCAACGUCGCCUGCGUCAAGUUGGCGGAUGUCACGCCAGAAGUGCUCGAGGCUCUGGCCGAUGCGCAGCGGUUCCCCAAUCUCGCUGCCCUUUCCUACACCACUUUUGAUGCGUACGCGGACGAAGACAACGAUGACGAAGACGAGGCCAAUAAACCGAGCGACUUGGAGGUCCAGUGCCUCGAUGCUUUCCUCCGCCGUCGCCCCUAUGUCAGAGUUAAGGGCUACGCGGUGGAUUUCGAGCAGGUGCCUCCCACGUACAAGUUCCCUGAGGCACCUCACUACUGGGCGCAGAUUCGUAGCGCCUGCCUCGAGUUUCCUGACUUGGACCAACCGCUGGCCGGGUUGCUGACCAAUUCAUCGUCGCCACCACUGCCACUGUCAUCAUCGUCAUCGUCAUCGUCACCAUCGUCACCACCACCACCACCACCACCACCACCACCACCCAUCGUCAUCGCAUCGUCAUCGUCAUCGUCAUCAUCAGAUCGGUGCAGCGACCUCAGGCACAUGAGGCUUUCAGAGGUGCCGCAAUGUACGCCCGACGCGCUGGUGAACCAGUUCGUCAACCUGCAAUCGCUCGACGUCUCGAACCUGCGUUCACACUCCAUUGCGUGGACCCUUCCCCGACUUGUGGAGCUGAAUGUGCUGGGGAUGUACAAAGUCGAGGAGCUCCGGCUCGACUGCCCAAUGCUGCGCACACUCGACCUCGGCGGUGCCGAGCUUAUAACCGCAUCGCUCAUGCACUGGCUCGCUCGCCACCAGGACACGAUGCCGUAUCUUGAAAACUGCGCGAUUUCGGCGACCACUUCGUCCAUUGACAUCGACGAGCACAGCCCAGCUGGCGAGCUGAAGGAAAC